AUGACAACUGUUAGAGUCGUAGUUACAGUAGUUGUUAAGAAGGGAUGGGAUAUAUUCCAACUAGAUGUAAACAAUGUAUUCCUCCAUGGGGACUUGCAUGAGGAAGUCUAUAUGGAAGCCCCUCUUGGGCUGGUAGCGGAUCAACAUAGUUCAAGUAAGGUAGUGUGUAGACUGAAUAAGUCACUCUAUGGGCUCAAGCAGGCUAGCAGACAAUGGUAUGCUAAAUUGACUGAAGCAUUGUCCACAAGAGGGUACCAACAUUCUGAAAAUGACCAUUCCCCGUUUUGCAAGAAAACUCCUUCCUCCAUUAUUUUUGUGGGUGUCUAUGUUGAUGAUGUUAUAAUUACUGGAACUGAUCCAGCAGAGAUUGCAGACUUGAAGGCCUUCCUAGAUCAAAAGUUCAAAAUAAAGGACCUAGGCAGACUUCAUUAUUUUUUGGGCUUAGAAGUCUUAUACAAACCAGAUGACAUUCUCAUUUCUCAAAGAAAGUUUACCUUAGAUUUGUUGAAAGAAUAUCAGGUCUUUGACUACAGCAGUGUUGCUUCACCCCUUGAUCCUGCCAUAAAGUUGAAAGCACAAGAAGGAAACCUACUGCCAGACCCUACAUACUACAUGAAGUUAGUGGGAAAGCUCAAUUUCCUUACCAACACAAGGCUGGAUAUAGCUUAUAGUGUGCAACUCCUGAGCCAAUUUAUGCAAGCACCAAGAGAUACUCACUUAACAGCUGCAUUUCACCUUCUCAGAUACUUAAAGAAGGAGCCUACUCUAGGUGUUUUCUUCUCAAAUAAUCCUGACUGUUCAAUUAAGGCAUUUUGUGACUCAGAUUGGGCAGCCUGCCCAGACUCUAGGAGGUCUGUCACUGGAUACAUUGUUUUGGUGGGAGAUAGUCCUAUUAGUUGGAAGUCCAAGAAGCAGGAGACUGUCUCCUUAUCCUCAGCUGAAGCAGAGUAUAGAUCUCUCAGAAAAGUAGUUGGAGAAUUGGUCUGGCUAAGCAGACUAUUUGCUGAACUCAGUGUUGUCCAGUCAUGUCCUAUACAGGUGUUUUGUGACAGUCAGUCUGCUAUACACAUUGCUCACAACCCAGUGUUUCAUGAAAGGACCAAGCACAUUGAAGUUGAUUGCCAUUUUGUUAGGAACAAAUUGCAAGAAGGCCUAAUCUCUCUAUAUCAUGUACCCCUCACCAUCAGUUGGCUGAUAUUCUCACAAAGGCCCUCACAGGGGUCAAACACUCAGGUGUCCUAA